AAUGGUCUCCAGCUGCCAAAGAAAGUUGUGGAUGCCAAGAGAAAGGUAACCGAUUCCCAUACCGUUGAGUGGAAUUGGAUUCCUCUGGGACCUAUACUGGCUGGCAGUAGACAUGGCUGAGUGCACAAGCUACAAGGAAACAGCCUCCAGCCGCCACUUGCGGUUUAAGCUGCAGAGUCUAAGCCGACGCCUUGAUGAGUUGGAGGAAGCCACCAAAAACCUCCAGAAAGCAGAAGAUGAGCUUGUAGAUCUCCAGGACAAAGUGAUUCAGGCAGAAGGCAGCAACUCCAGCAUGCUGGCAGAGAUAGAAGUGCUGCGCCAGCGGGUGAUGAGAAUUGAGAGCAAAGAUGAAGAAAUUAAGAGAGCUGAGGAUCUGUGCCAGCUGAUGAAGGAGAAGCUCGAAGAGGAGGAGAACCUCACCCAGGAGCUGAAAUUAGAGAUUGAACGGCUUCAGAAAAGAAUGGCCGAGCUAGAGAAGCUGGAGGAGGCCUUCAGCAGAAGUAAGAAUGACUGCACUCAGCUUUGUCUGAGCCUAAAUGAGGAGCGAAACCUAACCAAAAAAAUCUCCUCAGAGCUGGAAAUGCUCAGGGUCAAAGUGAAAGAACUAGAAUCUUCUGAAGACCGCCUGGAUAAAACAGAGCAGAAUUUAGUGUCAGAGUUAGAAAAACUGAAAUCAUUAACUCUGAGCUUUGUGAGCGAGAGAAAAUACUUGAAUGAAAAGGAGAAAGAAAAUGAGAAAUUAAUAAAGGAGCUCACACAGAAGCUGGAACAGAACAAAAAAAUGAACCGCGAUUACACACGGAAUGCUUCCAAUGACCUGCGGAUUGAGGACGGGAUCUCUUCCACAUUGUCAUCCAAGGAAUCAAGAAGGAAGGGCAAUCUGGACUAUCUGAAGCAGGUAGAGAAUGAAGCAAGAAACAAGUCAGAAAAUGAAAAGAACCGAAAUCAGGAAGACAACAAAGUCAAAGACCUUAACCAAGAAAUAGAGAAACUUAAAACACAGAUCAAACAUUUUGAAUCUUUGGAAGAAGAGCUUAAGAAAAUGAGAGCCAAAAAUAAUGACCUUCAAGAUAAUUACCUAAGUGAACAAAAUAAAAACAAACUUUUAGCCAGCCAAUUGGAGGAGAUAAAGCUACAAAUCAAGAAACAGAAAGAGUUAGAAAAUGGGGAGGUAGAAGGAGAAGAUGCCUUCCUGUCCAGCAAAGGCCGGCACGAAAGGACUAAAUUUCGAGGCCACGGGAACGAGGUGUCACUGUCUAAACACACAUCCCGGGAGCUGUCACCGCAACAUAAGCGGGAACGGCACCGGAACAGGGACUUUGCUCUCAAUAAUGAAAACUAUUCUCUUAGCCACAGGCAGCUGUCCUCGCCCAGUUUCCCCAACAGGAGGGCAGCCAAAGGUUGCAACUUGGGGGUAGGUAUGGACAGUGGGACUCAGGAGACAAAAAGAACUGAAGACCGAUUUGCAUCUGGCUCCUGUCAGAAUGAAGGGAAGAAGUCCAGGGAUCAGCCCUCGGUGUUGAGCCGCUACCCACCAGCAGCCCAGGAACACAAUAAAGUUUGGAAAGGUACUUCCAAGCCGGGCAAUGAGAGCACAUUGAAGGGAAGAGUGGAGAAGACUACAAGAGCAUUUAAUGACACUGCCCAUGGAUCUGUUCUCAGUGACACAGCAGGUAGAGGUGACAAGGCUUCUGACACCUCUGAGACCCUCUGUGGUAAGAGGGUGCAGGUAUCUGCCAGUGGAAGCCAAGCAACACAGGCUGCAGACUCUGGAAGCUCCAAAGCCUCAUCUCGAAGAUCCUCCUCAGAAGGGCUCGCAAAGGGCAAAAAAUCAGCCAACAGUCAGGAGACUGAUCCCAAUUCUCCAAACUCCAAGGCUCCUGUUUUAUCGAAAUACCCUUACGGCUCUAACUCCAAAAGUCAAGAGAACAUCCUUCAGAGCUUUUCAACCCCCAAUAAAGAAGCAGUUGAUCAUCCUAUAGCAGUUGUGAUGGAGGACAGCAGUCAGCAUGAAGCCUUGAGGUGUCGAGUGAUCAAAUCCAGUGGCAGAGAGAAACCAGACUCAGAUGAUGACUUGGACAUGGCAUCUCUUGUUACUGCCAAAUUGGUCAACACCACCAUCACUCCAGAGCCGGAGUCCAAACAGCAGCCCAGCUCUAGAGAAAAAGGGAAAUCUCGAGGAGCGCUUAGAACCUCCCUGUUUGAGAAUGACAAAGAUGUUGGAACAGAAGGUGAAUCUGUGAAACCUGUCAGAGCCUCCCCCACUGCCAUAGAGCCUCCAGAUGCCAAUGGUGUGGGAGCGAAGAGCCAAAGGCCCUUCAGCCCCAGAGAGGCCUUGCGGUCCAGAGCCAUUAUCAAACCCGUCAUCAUUGAUAAGGAUGUGAAAAAAAUCAUGGGCGGGUCUGGAACCGAGGCUGUGCCAGAGAAACAGAAGUCCAUGUCCAAAUCCCAAAACAAAGUGACCAGCAGUAUUACUAUCUACCCCACUGACAGUAGCAACCCAAGAGCCACCCCUGCGGAGGCCUCAAAGGAGAGGCACACAUCCACCAGCAAUAUCCAGGUUGGGCCACUAGAGCUCACAUCGGUUAGCAACUAUGUCAGCUCCCCCUUUGAGCUCUCCAUUCACAAACACGACAUCACCCUGCAGCUCUCAGAGAGUGAAAGAACGGGAGACGGGCCCCUGAAGAACAGGCCAGAAACAGUGGUGUCUCGGAGCAGCAUCAUCAUCAAGGCAUCAGAUUCUGUGGAGCGCAACAGCCACACACCUCCUGCUGAGACAAUCAGGUGGAAAAGCCAUAAUAACUCCUCAGAAGUGGGCUCCGCAGAUGCCCGGCACGUCACUGUGCGGAAUGCCUGGAAGAGUAGGCGAGACUUGAAUUCCUUAGAUGACUCCCCAACUCAAAGAGGUAAAAAUGUGGAUUCAGCCAAUGCCUACAUUCAGAGGUCUUCCACAGACUUCUCAGAACUUGAACAGCCCCGGUCGUACCUUCUUGAACAGAGCACUCGCAAGGUGGGGAAUGCAGGUGAUGGCCCUGAGCCCUCUAGAAGGACACAGAGUAGCCUCACUGUAUCCGAGGUGCUCACCCGGCGCAGCCGUGCAGGAGUCGGCGUCCCUGCAGCAGCCUGGAACCACUCAGCGGGCCUGGAAGAGGACAGUGAAGACUGCACACUUGGUGUCUACAGGCGACCGCACAACUCCCUGGACCAGCCUGAAUUGCCUGUGAAGCAGGGGCUGCCAGAUCCUGGGUGGGUAUGGGCCGAGGACCGGUUACGGCCACCCAGGCCCUGUGCUGAGGAAAACUGA